UCUACAUAUAUACAAGCAGAGAUAUGUGUAAAGAGGAAACAGGGGAAGACAUUGCAGAACAGAUGGCUUUAGAUGAGGGACAUGGAGCUUGUGAGCUGUUUCAAGCUCAAACCCACAUAUAUAAACACUGUUACCAUUAUGUAGAUUCCAUGGCACUAAAAUGUGCAGUUCAACUUGGCAUACCUGACAUGAUCCACAAGCAUGACAAACCCAUUACUCUUACCGAGUUGAUCUCAGAACUACAUGUUCACCCAACAAAAGCAAGCUUCUUGCAGCGCCUCAUGCGCAUGUUAGUGCAUUCAGGUUUCUUUGCCACAAGAAAAAUCAGUGAAAAUCAAGAGGAAGAAGAAGAAGGGUAUGUUCUCACACCAACCUCAAAGCUCCUGCUCAAAGACAAUGUCACCAGCUUGUCACCUUUCGUUCAAGCAAUGCUGGAUCCCAUUCUGAUUGUUCCCUGGCUUUCCUUGGGGGAUUGGUUCCUAGGAACUGAAUCCGUUCCAUUCGAGACUGCGCAUGGAAUGAGCUUUUGGGACUAUGUGAUGCAUAACCACGAAUUUAGUAAAUUUUUGAGUGAAGCAAUGGCUAGCGAUUCUCGAACGAUAACCUUGGUUGUUGGAGACCACAAAGAAAUCUUUGAAGGGCUGGAUUCAUUAGUCGAUGUUGGGGGUGGCACAGGGACUCUGGCUAGAGCAAUUGCUGAGGCAUUCCCUCACAUUACAUGCACAGUCUUGGACCUCCCAUCAGUAAUUGCUAACCAACCAGAGAACAAAAGCUUGAAAUUUGUUGGGGGUGACAUGUUUCAGUCCAUCCCUCCAGCAGAUGCAAUUAUAAUCAAGUCUACUUUGCAUAAUUGGAGCGAUGAGGAUUGCAUAAAGAUUUUGAAGCAAUGCAGAGUUGCGAUUUCAACAAAAGGAAAAGGAGGAAAGGUAAUGAUCAUAGACGUUGUGAUCAAUGAAAAGAAAGACGAUAAGGAACUAACCAAAACGAAGCUCUAUGUCGACAUGGCCAUGAUGCUUAUAUGCACCGGAAGAGAGAGAAAUGAGAAAGAUUUUGAGAAGCUCAUCAUGGAGGCCGGCUUCAGUCACUACAAGAUUACUCCUUUAUUCGGUUUGAGGUCCCUUAUUGAGAUCUAUCCUUAAGAAUUUGAAUCCUGUACUUUCAGGCAGAUUGGUUGUUCCAUAUCAGGUCUGAUGCAUUGUCAAAGCAUAACAGUUGCAGCAAAAAUCUUGUUUCAGAAUAGUGAUAUAACAAUAAAAGUGAUUGUAACAGUAAUUAUCAAAUAAAAUAACUUAGUAUGCUUAUAUUUCUUGCA